AUGUUUGGAACCCUUGUUUCCGACGUGCAGCGCAAAGAAGCCCUCGUUUUUGUCGAGAACACAGAUCAAGCAUCGGCCCUCAGCCGCAGUCGCCGCGAAAAGAUCCACAUCUCGUGCGUGGCCUGUCGAGCACGAAAGGUCCGGUGCAGCGGCCAGCCGUCGGGCUGCGAUCGAUGCGCCGCAGUUUUUGCCGAGUGUCGAUAUCCGGCCGGCGAGGGCCGCGGGCGGAAGAGCAGUACCAACUCCUCCUCUGCUGCACCGCCGCAGCAGCGGAGCCCGAGAGGGAUACAUGUUGCUGCCAGUACAACCGCCGACUCGAGCCGCAACCCGAGCAGUUGCCCAUCGCCACGUGCAGCCAAUGACGGCAUCUCUGAAGAUGUCCAACAGUGGUUGAACAUAGACACCGACAUACCAGAUGCGCUCUCUAUGGCACUGCUCGAGCCUUCGAGCCUAGACAUCGGAAUGGAUGAUGCAACAUGGGACAACUUCGCUCAGGAAGCCAACCGCCUCAUCGAAUCCAGCGCCGGCACCAGCGUCGAAGACACCCUCUCCAGCAACUUCUCCAGCAUCUCACCACUCCUACAACAAAAGUCCCUGAGCGAUGCAACCAACCACGACCCCAACGAGCGCUGGCGCAGCGCUCCCGACCUCAGCCGCUGGUUCGUCGACCACCACCAGCUCCCCCUGACCCCAGCGCCCUCGUCGACCCACGACCAGCGCCGCCAGAGCUCAUAUGCCCCGACUCCGGCCCUUUCGUCGUCGUCGUCCUCCACCACCACCACCCAACACCACCAACAACAACGCCGCCAGUCCUACGCCCCACCCUCCUCAUCCUCCCUGCCGUCAAAACCCCAGCCCCAACCCCACCUCCAACCCCAAUGCCACUGCCUCCACCUCGCCGCCUCCCUCCUCCAAGACCUCAGCGAAAAAGGCGCCGGCGCCACGCUCUCCUGCCCCGCCUCCGCCCCCGCCUCCGCCCCGACCACCACCAGCACCACCACCUCUUCCCUCCCCACCUCCUCCCUCCCUUCCACAUCGCCCUCCCUCCCCUCCCUGUCCACCACCACCGCCCCCUCCCAUUCCAUCUCCUCCCCCACCGGUCCCCCCCCCAUCCCCAUCGACGUCCUCCUCGCCUUCUCCCGCCGCGCCCUCGACCGCGCCGCCGCCAUCCUCGACUGCGAGCGCUGCGCCGCCGCCGCCAGCGAGACCAACAUGCUGCUCGCCAUGGCCGCCGGGUACAUGGCCGACGUCUUCGAGGCCAUGGUGCGCGCGUGGGACGCGCUGGGGACGCGGCGGGAGCGAAGGGGGCGGGAUCGGGGGGAGCAGCGGGGGGAGCAGCGGUGGGGGUGGGGGGUGGGGUUGGAUCCGGGAAGUAGUAGUAGUAGGCGGGGGGAGGUGGGGGUGGCGCCGGCUGGGGCCGGAGGGGAUCAGCUGGAGGAUGGGGAGAUGGAUGGAGGGGGCGAGGAGGGGGAGGGGGCGGGGGCGGCGCUGUGGGGGGGUGGUGGGGCUGCUGGGACUGGUGGUGCGGCGGAGCAUCAUAUGUGGUUUUCGAGCUACUGCGUCGAGAAUGGGGGGGAGCGGGUUGCGGUCGUGCAGGGGUUGGUGUCGGUGCAGCUGGGCGAGUAUUUGCGGUUGUUGAAAAGGCUCAAGGCGAGGGCGGGCGGGCGGCUGGGGCAUCUGGUGUUGCUGAGGGAGGCGGAUCAGAAGAUCAAGGCUGUGAGGGCGAUGAUGGGGGUGGGGGGGCAGUCGUCGCUGGACAGGCCGGUGUCGAGGGGCGCCCAGGACUAG